AUUGAUCACUUCCGCUAGAAGAAAUUUCGGGAGAUCUGUCAAACCUCACGUUCAGUUCCAACAUCGUAUUUUGCCUAAGUAUUAUCUGAUUAUGACUGCAGAGGAAACAGAUUAAUAUUUUUCGUAACAGCGUUUGUUUCUUUUACUUAAAUCAUCAUCGUGCUAUUAUUGAUCCCUCUUCGGAUAUUUUUUCUGCAUCUCCCGGAAAUAAAGAUUUGUUGACAUUUGUAAUAGAUCUGAUGGUGUUUUUAUAGUUUAUUCCAACGUUUACCAUUAAUAAUCCAUUAAUGAUGAGAGAAUCUGUGACAGAUUUGCAUCAUACUUACUGACUGUGGCGAGGGGAUAGACAUUACAGCUACUGCUAAUCUUCUUAAUUAUGCUUAUCAGAUCACCAUGGGGGUGAUUCCUGUCCAUAAUUAUGAAUCUUAGUAAAUCUGAUGAGAAACAUCUGCACUCUGUUAAGGCAUAACUGAUAGUAAUUAUUCAAUACUUAAAAAAACUAUAUGAAGGAUUUUCUGUGGUAUUUGGAGUGAAGAUACACAUAGGAUUGUUUUUCUUUAUUCACAUCUAAUGAGUACAACAAUGUCAGUCCAGUCAAGUCUUUGCCAUGGUGGUCAGAAUAUAGGAUGUGUGGAGAAAGUUGUUAUUGGAAGAAGUAUGAGUGAUCCAUAUCGUGCAAAAUUGAUUCCAGGAACUUCUUUUAAACCUGUUAAUGAUUACACUUUAUCACAACUAGCAUUUGAUCUCUACAUGGCAGUGGUCUCAGGAUAUUCAGAGGCUGUCCGAAAUAUCCUAAUGUCACAUCCUGGUGUUGAUGUGAACAUUUCGGUGAAAGGUGCUACAGUUCUGUCUCUGUCAUUGCAAAAGAGACAGUUUCAUAUUUUCAACAUGCUCAUGAAACACCAUGAAAGGAGUAAAAAAUUUGACUUAAACAAGUGCAGUAAGGACAGUUUCAAUCGUAUUGAACCUCCAGUGAUUACAGCCAGCAGAAUGCAUUUUUUUGAAGGUGUGGUUGCAUUGGCGAACAAUGGUGCAGAUAUAGAUGCUACAGAUCAUCUUGGACAUACAGCAUUAUGGACAGCAGCUAGACAGCAAAUGCCAGACCUAGUAGAAUAUCUGAUAUGUAAUGGUGCUAGUGUGAAUAAAACUGACAUUUACCAUCAUACACCUUUACUGACUGCAAUGAUGUACAGAGUCAGUUCUGGAAUUAUCAAAAUGCUCAUUAUGAAUGGAAGCAGUCUAGAAGGUCCUCGUUACCCAGCAAAUACUCAACUAUCACCGUUAUUUUGGGCAUUAAAGUACAAAAAUAUGGAUAUUCUUAAACUUUUGAUUUAUGCUGGAGUUUCAAAUAAUGAAAUAAGGUAUGUGCGAAAAAUUCUGUUUGCAAGAAAUGGAGAACAAAAGUUAAUAGAAAUGUUGGAUACAGAAGCUAAAACACCAAGGAGCCUGAAACAGAUAUGCCGGAGUGAAGUCCGGAAACACUUAAGUGAUGUUUGUCAUGGCAAACACUUUGUUUCAAGAGUGAAAGAGUUACCUGUACCAACGAUUCUCAGACAAUAUUUGUUGCUACGUGGAUGAAAUGUGUAUUUUAAUUUUGUUCUGUUACAUUCAAAGAUUCAUAAUUUCAAGGGCAGGAUGUAUCAUGUUUGACAACACUUUAUCAUUAAAGGCAUUAUUUCAUGGAAAUAUUUUUAUGUAUAAUGUUUUGCAUGGCAAUGUCACUUAAUUUGCACUAGUUAGUUUUUACUUGUAUAAAUCAUGGGCACAAUGGCUAAAUCAAAACACAUUGAACUAAUAAAUUGAACUAAUUAAUACAUGAUUUAUUUUUUUUUUGAUUUUUAAAAAAAAUAAUUUUUUGCUUAAGAAAUUACACAUGAUACUUUUUAUUCUUUUAAAGAUUGAUGUUGAUCUUUUUACAAUUUACUCUGUUAAAGGAUCAAAUGAAAGCUAAUAGUCAAAACAAUGGACUGUAAUAAGUGGAUGCACAUGCUAGACAUUGCAAUGUUUUUAACAUUUGAAUUAAAAUAUUUGUUAAGGCUUAUAGUUAUAAAAACUACAUGUACUUAAAGGGUUUGUACCACUUUGCUCACCAGCUUCAUUAUUUAUGCAUUUUACCAAUGUAUCUUAAUCUUAUAUUUUUAAUUACAUACUGCAGUGCAAGUCAUGAAAUUGUACACAUCAACAUGUUUUUUUUGUGUUUUUUUUUCAAGCUUUAAACAUGAUGUAAACAUUUUUUAUAUUGUGGCUAAAAAAAUUGCUAAUGUAUAACAUAGAAAUACCAAUAUUAUUUGCAGUUUCCUGUAGGCUGUAAGGUAUUUAAUAUUAAUGAUUUAAUUGUCGAGAUGGAAAUUCUUGCUAUUAAAAAUUCUGUUUGUGCUUUAGUCAUGCUUUUUCUAUAAAUGUUGUUGUUUAUGAAAACUGUUUAACUUCACUUUAAUCUAAAUUAUAAUUGUUUAUUAA